AUGGCCAUGAACGUCACAAGAAGCACUAGAGCUCUGGGAGCUCUGCGGCCUUUGGCAGCUCGCUCCGCACUCAAUGCUCGUCAGUAUUCAUCCUCGUCCGAGCCGGACCUCAAGACCACUCUCAAGCAGGUCAUCCCGGCCAAGCGGGAGCUGCUGAAGAAGGUUAAGGCGCACUCGUCCAAGGUCAUUGGUGAGGUCAAGGUCGAGAACACACUUGGUGGUAUGCGCGGCCUCAAGGCCAUGGUCUGGGAGGGUUCCGUCCUGGACGCGAACGAGGGCAUUCGUUUCCACGGCAGAACCAUCAAGGAUUGUCAAAAGGAGCUUCCCAAGGGCAAGACUGGUACGGAGAUGCUGCCCGAGGCCAUGUUCUGGCUUCUCCUCACUGGCCAGGUUCCCUCCACAAACCAGGUUCGCAAGUUCUCUCGCGAAUUGGCCGAGCAGGCCCAACUGCCUACCUUCGUGAACAAGAUGCUCGACGACUUCCCCAAGGACUUGCACCCCAUGACACAGUUCGCCAUUGCCGUGUCCGCCCUUAACUAUACCUCCAAAUUUGCUAAGGCCUAUGAGCAGGGCCUUAACAAGGCCGAUUACUGGGAGCCUACUUUUGACGACUCCAUCUCCCUGCUGGCGAAGUUGCCCACCAUCGCCGCCAAGAUCUACCAAAACUCGUACCGCGGCGGUGGCGCACUCCCCGCAGAGGUCGACCUCGAGCAGGAUUGGUCUUACAACUUCGCUGCCAUGCUUGGAAAGGGUGGCAAGGAGAAUGAGAACUUCCAGGAUCUUCUGAGACUGUACCUUGCUCUCCACGGUGACCACGAGGGAGGCAACGUCUCUGCACACACUACCCACCUGGUCGGCAGCGCUCUUAGCGACCCCUUCCUCAGCUAUAGUGCCGGUCUCCAGGGUCUUGCCGGUCCCCUGCACGGACUCGCUGCCCAGGAAGUCCUCCGAUGGAUUAUUCAAAUGAAGGACAACAUCCCUAAGUCCUACUCUGACAAGGACGUCACAGACUACCUGUGGUCCACCCUCAACUCGGGCAGAGUUGUUCCCGGAUACGGCCACGCCGUCCUCCGCAAGCCCGACCCCCGUUUCGAGGCCUUGAUGGACUACGCCGCCGCGCGCCCUGAGAUCGCUCAGGACCCGAUCUUCCAGCUGGUCCAGAAGAACAGCCGCAUCGCCCCCGAGGUUCUCAAGAAGCACGGCAAGACAAAGAACCCCUACCCCAACGUCGACUCCAGCUCCGGAGUUCUGUUCCACCACUACGGCUUCCAUGAAACUCUCUACUACACCGCCACGUUCGGUGUCUCCCGCGGUCUGGGUCCUCUGGCCCAGCUCAUCUGGGACCGAGCCUUGGGUCUGCCCAUUGAGCGACCUAAGAGCAUCAACCUUGAGGGUCUUCUCAAGCAGGCUGAGAGCGCAUAA